AUUACGUCAGUAUGAGUACGGUGCAACUCCGAGCAAUGUCACAGAGAGCGAAGAAUAUAUUAAGGUUAUCCCUAAUAAAACAAAAUAACGAUAAUAUUAUGCAAGACUCUAAGAAUAAUUGUGAGAAAAUCAAAUAUGUAGAAAGAUGGUUGAACGGUAUUAACACAUUUGAAGGAGUAAAUGGAAAAGACAAAACUUCAAAAAACUCACAUGAAAUAAAGUCAGGUACAAGUCAAAUAGAGGAUGAUUUAUAUAAUGUGGAUGAGAAUCUGGACAAUCAAAUGGAAGAGGAAGAAAAAGAAAACUCUUUAUUCGCAGAUGACUCUGUAGCAGACCCAUUAUAUAAACCGUCAGAGACUGAGUCGUCUGAAGUCAUAUCAUUGAAGGCCACUUUUGGGCGAAAAAGAAAACAUGAUGAUGAUGAUAACUUUGGAAAGGAUUUAGAUAACACAAUAUGUAGCCCUUCAAUAUGUUCAGAGGACACCAAGUUGGAUACAGAAUGUUCUAAAACAAACUAUUCCGCGUCAUCUGCGAUUAUACAAAUUCAACCAAAUAUAUUUGCAUUACGAAAUAUGAACGAAGAAUCAAACAAAAAUGAACAUUUGCGUCAAGAUCCCAUUGAGACUGCUCCAUGUCAAUCUAAUAUAAUUUCCAAUCUAUUAGGUUCAAACAAAAAGGGAAGUAUUACGAAAGUAGAUGCAGGAAAUAAUACUAUCUAUGACAAAGAAAAUGAAGAGGCUGAUGGAGUCGAAAAAGUUACGGAUGCAAGUUAUUAUGACAAAUUCACAUUUUGCUUCUAUUGUGAAAAAGACGUGGACCAUUUUUCUAGACAUAUUUUCACCUGGCAUUUUAAUGAAAUUGAUGUCCAAAAAAUUAUGGGGGCUUCGCUUAAGUCAAAAAAAAGACGAGAGCUAAUUAAGUCUUUACGUAAAAAAGGAGACUUCUUAAGAAAUAGAAUAACUAAUGUUUUAAGACCCGUAAAACGAUUGGUACAAAGUGACACUUCUCUAAGAGACAGCUUCCUGCCCUGCACCUAUUGCUUCGGUUUUUAUAAACGAAAAUCUCUCUUUAAACACACAAGGAAAUGUCCAGAAAAUAGGGAAAUAAAUACUAAACAAAAGAGACAAACAUCACAAAGUGAUGGCCAAAGUGCACUACUGGUGGGUACGUUGUUUAAGCAUGACAAGUUAUUAGUUAAAGAACUAUUUCCUCGAAUGCGUGCAGACAAAACGAACUUAAUCGCACAGCGUGACUUUUUAAUUUGUCAAUACGCAUAUUCUUAUAUGAAAGGCAGAAAAACUAAGGGAAAUUUAGACUUAGUCCGUCAAAACAUGCGUCGCUUAUCUAAGCUUUUCCAAUUUUGCUCAGCACACGAAAAUAUUAAUGGUAUUAUCGACUUGUUAAAACCCACAAAAUUUUCUUUGAUUUUAAAAGCUGUCAACCAUAUUGCUCGAUACAAUGCUGAACUUGAAAAAUAUGAAUCCCCCACAGUUGCAAUGAAUUUUGGUACCCUGCUUAAGAAAAUUUGCGAUUUAGCCUACAUCCAUUAUAUUCAAAUAGAAAAUACCAACGAUCAGAGAAAAGAUUUAAAAAUACUAAAAAAAUUAAUUGAAUCGCAAUGGUCUGACGAAAUUUCCGCUCAGGCAGGAUUAAAUCUGAAUGAGAACAAGUGGAAUAAAAAUGAUUUAAUACCAUUAACGAACGAUAUAAAAAAUAUGAACAAAUUUUUGAAAGAAUGGGCCAAUCAGGCUUUUCUUGAUUUACAGAAUGACAAUACAAAUAUAAGAUCAUAUAAUUUACUUAAAGAAAUAGUAUAUGCGCAAAUUAUACUAUUAAACAGGCGCCGACCUGCAGAGGUAGCUCAAAUGAAUGUUGACAAGUACCUUGCAAUUAAUCUUAAGGAUAAUUCUGGAAACACCGAGUUUGAAAAUUGCCUAACAGAGUCUGAAAGAAUUUUGUUGAAUUCUUAUUGUCGCAUUGUUAUACGAGGAAAGCGAGGUAGGGGUGUACCAAUAUUGUUGUCCCCAGACAUGAAAAAGCAUUUCGACUACUUUAUUUCCUUACGACACCAAUUUGUAAACCAGAAUAAAUAUAUUUUUCAUUCGGCUGGGCAAGGAUUUUUAGAUGGCACCAAAAUUUUAUACAAAUAUGCUGAAAAAUGUGGCACAGAUAACCCGAAAUCAAUUAGUGCAACUAAAUUAAGAAAACACCUAGCAACUAUUACCCAACUACUACAUUUUGAUGAGAAAGAACUGGAACAGCUGUCUCAGUUUAUGGGGCAUACAUUAAAAACACACUUUAAAGUAUAUAGAAUGUCUGAUAAUUUGUACCAAACAGCAAAAGUUUCGAAACUUUUAUUAUUGAUGUCUGAAGGAGGUAUAGAGCAAUAUAAGGGUAAGAAUCUGGACGAGAUUGAAAUUGACUUGACAAAUCCAAUUAUCGAAGAAGAUCAAAUUAAAGAUAAAAUAAUUAGCUACAAAAACGAUGACAGUGCUGAUAUUACUAGCACGACAAUACAGGUACCCAGUACAAGUAGUAAAAUGAAUUGUAGAAAAAUCCCAAUUGUCAGACAUAAAUGGAACAUUGAACAAAAAAGACUAAUUGCACAACAUUUUAAAAAUAAUAUUAAAGAAAAAAGACCACCUAAAAAAUUUGAAGUUGAAGCUUUUCAAGAGCAGCAAUCCGAAGAAUUUCGAAAAAUGAAAUGGACCACCAUUAAGGCCGUUGUUUUCAACAUGUAUAAGGGUAAUUUAAAUCAACCCACAUAAAUAUGUAUUAUAUAUUUUAUGGGGACAGUACACGCAUUAUACAAUAUGACUUAAAUAUCUUUAAAUAUUCUAAAAGUUAACGUGUAUUUUAGAAUAAUAAUUUUAAUUUAGUUAUGUUACUCAUUUUUAAAAUAAAUACAUAAUUUUGGUUUUG